CAGUUAUAUUUCCCACUUGAAAUGCAUUACUUGUCGACCAUACUGAUAAUUGCAUUAUGCGUGGUCUAUUCAAGGACCCUAGUGAGCUUCUUAAAGAUGGAAAAAGGAGCCAAUGGCUGCAAAACGAAAGACAAUGUGGAACUCGAAGUCGGCCAAUUCAUUCAGGACGAAAAGACGUGCGGCGUUAUACGUUGUGAAAACAAAGAUGGCGAGGGCUUUAAUAUGUAUUGUCAGAUACCACUGCCCUUCGCACAGUGCAGUGAGGACACACACAUAUCUGUAGAAGAUCCUUUUCCCAGGUGCUGUUGGACUUGUGUUGAGUUAGUAGAGUGCACAGAUGACUUUGUCAUCGUUACAACCACCGUGGCAUCUGAAAAAGAUGAAGAAGAAUGAAGAAUUCGAUGUCCAAAAUUAAUUGAAAUACGAACAUUGGAGUGCAUCUAUGUUGCUUUGUGGAAAAAUACAACAAUUCUGAUUCAUUGAAAUGAUA